GAAAAACCCAUUGUAAAGCUCAGCACCGCCCCCUGGUGUAUCUCUGGUGCACUGCGUCCCCUCAGAGCCUGUUCUCUCACCUCAGUUCUGAUUCUGUUGUUGCUCCCGAAAAGAAUCAAAAGGAUUCAUAUUGAAAACUGAUGCUCGUGAUAUUUAAAUCACUAACUGAUGAAAACAGGAGGUUUUCAUCUGUUUCUUUUCUGAAUAUUUGUCUUUGUGUCGUGAAGCUCGUGUCUCAUCAUCACACAGAAUCACAAUAACGUCUGUUUCUCAGGGUGAAGACGAUCCCAGGCGACUUUUUAAACCCUGUGUGUGUGUGUGCGUUGUUUUAAUUGGUCCCCAGGGUGCACCCCCACCACCACAUUCACCAGGUGGCCAAUCAGAUCAGUUCUUACCUGAGUCACCUGGGCCUCUUGUUUCCAGGUGUGUGUGUGUGUGUGUGCGUGUGUGUGUGUGUGUGUGUGUGUGUGUGUGUGUGUGUGUGUGUGUGUGUGUGUGUGUGUGCGUGUGUGCGUGUGUGUGUGUGUGUGUGUGUGUGUGUGUGUGUGUGUGUGCUGCUGUCAGGAUGGAUGAAGAGGUGGAAACUGAUCCUAAACACCAGGAGACAGGAGGCGGCAGAGACACCUGAGGCAGGUGAGUGGACGUCUGUCAAAGAGCAGGAGAGGAAACAGGGAGACGUCCAGAAGAAAAGAAAUGAUUCCUCUGGAAGAAGAAAGACAGUUUUUGAAGAGCUGAAGAAAACAUUUCCACUUUUAAAGAGAUGAGACGUUUGAGGGAUUCACAUCAACCAGAGGACAAACAAGAAAGGUACGAUUUAUGAUGAUUAUUUUGAAUAUUACUACGUUUAUUAUUAUUCAUCUUCUUGUGUUUAUUCUUGUUAAUAUUCUUAUGAGCAAACCAAACUCAAAUAUCAUCAGUUUGCAAUAACAUCAACUUUCCAGAAGAGAAUAUAUUCUAAUAAAAUAACUAAUGAUCAGUUUCAUUAUGGAUCAUUCUACUGCACCUUCUACUCCAGUGGAUGAAAAGAUACUGAGGUUGUUUCUGUGAAGUGUGUUGUUGUAUGAUUUUAUUGUUUAGUUUAUGGUUUGUGUUAUUUAUUUGUUGAUGUGAUAUAUUUAAAUUCAAAAAGUAAAAAAAAACUGCAAAACAGGACAAAUUUUUAAAAAUAAAAAAAUAAAUAUUUUUACAGAUUUGAAGAAACCAGUGGAUGUUUCUGAGUCGUCGAGGUAUUAAACUACUUUUCACUCAUGAUAACCUUGUUGUUGUUUAUUAAUGUAGAAUUAAAUGAGUCUGUUUUUAGCUCUCUAACGAGGCCUGUGAUUCCGGAGAGGACUGAUAAUUACCCCUCCACCUCCUCGGGACAAUCAUGAUGUCGCCAGACGCCCGGGCCCUGGAGGACCUGUUGUUCGGCAGUGACCUUGGUGACGAGGCAGAGGGGUCGGAGCCGGGCGGCGGCCCAGCGGGGGGGGAGGAAAGUGCUGCUGCAGACAACGCUCCGACAGCGGUUUCCAUUCAGGAGCCAAUGACGUGCUCCGGUUGUGGCGAGCAGGUGUGCGACCGCUUCUUCCUAUUGGCUGCGAGCCGGGUGUGGCACGGCACCUGCCUCCGCUGCAGCCAAUGUCAGUGCGAGCUGCAGACACACCCCUCGCUGUACUGGAGAGACGGGGACAUCUACUGCCAGCAGGACUACAGCAGGAUGUUUGGCGGCGGUCAGUGUGCUCGCUGCUUCCAGCCAAUCCCAGCGUCCGCCCUGGUCAUGAGGUCUGGUGAGCUGACGUUCCACCCUCACUGCUUCUCCUGCCAGGAGUGUGAUGUCACACUGAUGCCAGGCAACCUGUACUGUGUCCAGGGCCAGAGCCUCUACUGUCAAUCACACUAUCAUGGGGACGGGACUGUGGCCAUGUCCCACAAUCCUCAGCUCAGACCUCAUCUGAAAGACGGUGAGGGGGAGGAGUCUGUCAGCAGUUCAGAGCCACGGUUGGACGACAGGGUGUCAGGUGGACGCACUCGCCGGCGGACCAAGCGAAUCAGGACGUGUUUCCGCAGCGAGCAGCUCCGAGCCCUGGAGUCAUAUUUCGCCCAGAAGCACAACCCUGACGGAAAGGACUGGACGUGUCUCGCACACAAGACGGGCCUCCCCAAGAGAGUCCUGCAGGUGUGGUUUCAAAACGCUCGGGCCAAACUGCGGCGCUCUCUGACCUCGGACGACUCUCAGGUCAACUCCCCCUCCGCCCCCCUGAGAGCAGCCAUCUCCAUGGUGACCAGCUCGCCCCCCCCCCAAGCCUGCUCCCCACUCGACCAAUCAAGGCCCUUCAUCCCCAGCACCAUCGACCAGCUGCAGCUGUCUCUCCUCACCGCCCCGCUCUGCGGCCUCCCGCCGAGCCCGACUGCCAAUCCAACUCGCCAGCUGCAAAACCCCGCCUUCUUCCUGGACUACGAUUCCCAGAGUGCACUGGGGUGUGUCUCGUCUCUGGAGGCCUGCGAGGACUUUGUGGAGGCGGGAGGAGGAGCCGAAGAUCACUACUGUUAGAGGAUAAACAAUAAAUCUUCUCCUUCAUUUACUUUAUUUUAUUACAGACGAGUUCUAAUCAUCAGAUCUCAACACCAUUAAUGUGAAGGAGCACCAGUAGGAAAUGUUGUGUUAGCAUUAGCAGUAAAUGAAUCCAGAAUUCAGAUUAGAAACAAUAAAACCAGAUGACUCUCCCUGUUUCUGAUGUGUCGAUGUGUUUUUGUUUUAUUGGAGAUCAAAUGGAGCAGUGAAGAUUCUCUCACUUCCUGACAAAAGAAAGACAUUUACUCCAAACCGAAGAAGCUUCAGGAACAAGGAGAAUUUCAUCUUUGGAUCAACGAGCUGAGAAAUGAUCCCGAUCGCUUCCAGGAGUUUCAGGACGUCAGUGAUCCAGUUUGAUUCUCCACCAGCUGAGAGACCAAACGUUAACAAGGACAAAACUCAGUUGAUCCUGAACAGCUCGAGCAAACUGGGACGACUUGGACAGAAGAGAAAACGCAGAGAAUCAAACCUGUUCUGAAAACCUUACUGACCGAACAAAGUUUCUGUGCGUAAAAGUGAUUCUUUACAUUUUUAAACAUGCAACAAUUUCAGACGGAAAAUACAGACUUGGUGUGGAAAGUAUCUGAAACAACGAGAAACAAAAGGUGCAGAGAAGUGCAUCAGUGUCUCAGGAUAUUUACUGUACAUAAAGAUUUUGUGCGAAACAAAAGAUAAAGUAUCUUGGAUACAAACGCCGCCAUCUUGUGGUGGUGACCUCAUCUGGAGCCAGAUCGUGGCGUGGAGCCGUGGUGUCGAGGUCCCGCCCAUACCACCGCUUGGCCAAUCCUAGGUCAGCCUCAGCUGUCAAUCAUGACUUCUUUUGCAAUAGAAUCCUUGGGCUUUU